CUGUAAUAAAAACGCUGUAAUAAUAACAGUGUCUUCCAGCUACUCGAUCCUCCACGUUAAUAACCCGGACACAUUUGCAUCCAAGGGAUUAUUCUAAUUCUAAAUACUUUGUAACCGCGUUAAGCGUUAAAGUCUUGUAAAAUAACUGUCAUAAAAUAUACGUAGAUUCUUAUUGAUUUAGUCUACAAUUUGGAACAAUCGAAUCAGGCAUUAAUUAAUAAUUGAUUACUUGAGCUGAUUUCCUGAUAGUCGAAAACUGAACGGCGGUGCUCGAACGGCGGAGUGUUUACGACAAUCGUAAGAGGUGAUAGUGGUUCAAAGAGAAUGAUUGUGGAGCGAGGGGGGCGAGUGUACGACCCCUGAGGUCGAGCCUCUUGUCUUUCUCCGUUUGCCAGUUUACCAAUCGAACUAUCAAUAAGUAGCGGCACCAAAGGAAACCUGUGUGGCUUCCUCGAGUUUGUAAAACAAAUCUGACUAAGAAUAGAGGAAGAAAUGAAUACGAGGAAACCAAGAAGGGACUCAGACGUCCUGCCAUCCAAGUUUGGCCACAAGGAGCUGCUCUUCAAAUUCCUCGUAAUCGGCGACUACGGUGUUGGUGCUGUGCUUUUUUGGAUUGCGAUAAUUGUUUUUCCAUUCAUAGGCAAAUUCACAUCGAAUUACAAGAUUACUAUAGGAGCCGAUUUUGCUAUAAAAACGAUUGAUUGGGAUCCCUUUACGAAGAUAAAUUUACAAUUAUGGGACGUCGCUGGCCAUGAAAGAUUCGGAUACAUAACUAGAGUUUAUUAUAAAUACGCAGUGGCCGCGGCAUUAGUUUUUGAUAUUUCACGAAUAGCGACAUUCCAAUCGAUGAAGAGAUGGCUGACCGAUCUAAGGGAAAAGGUCGCGCUACCGGAUGGGUCAAAUGUACCGGUGGUACUUUUAGCAAAUAAAUGCGACAUACCUUGUCCAGUUGUUGCGGUCGAUCAAAUUGCUAAAUUUUGUAAGGAGAAUGACAUCGGUGCUUGGUACGUGACGUCUGCGAAGGAGAAUACAAACGUUGGCAAGUACAUAUGUCAUUUUUUCAAUCAUUCGCUUAUUCGAAGAGCAACA